AUGAUGCAAUAUAAAUCAGAAAUAUUAAGAAGAAAUGAGUCAAUGCAAUAUGCCAAUCAACCGUCAGAAGUUAAAAAAAGAGUUGCAGCACUAAUGAAACAACAAAUACAAAUAAUAAAUUUAGAUGUUCAAUUUAAUAAAAGAGUACUAGAAAUCGAAAAAGAAUUUGAAACUAAAUAUCAAGAGAUUUUCGCUAAAAGAUGUGAUAUUGUCAAUGGUAAUUAUGAGCCAACGGAACAGGAAUGUAACUAUAAUGACAUGAAUGUUACUCAAUCUUUAGAAAAUUUAAACUUGAAUGAGGGAAAUUUGUUACAGCAUUUAAUAGAUGUUCGGGCAACUACAAAAACAGAACCAACAUUAUCGUUUGUUUUAGAAUUUCAUUUCUCUCCAAAUGAUUAUUUUUCAAAUACAAUUUUAACAAAAGAAUAUUUUUUAAAUUCCCAUAAUCAAGAAAUAUACAAAUGCGAUGAUCUUGAAAAGGAUUUUGAAAUUGGCUGCUAUUUAAAAGAGGUAGUUAUUCCAUGUGCGGUACUUUACUUUACAAGUGAAUCUGAAGAAUUUUCAAGAAGUAUAAGCUCUUCUAGUAACGAAUCAGAUUCAGAUUCUGAAAGUGAACAACAAAUAAAUCCAAUUGACUAA